AUGUGUGGAUGUACAUCAAGACCGCAGCGCCCUCCCGAAGCAGUCGCGGCCGGAGCUAACAUGAGGGUUCACGCGGGCCUCUUGCUUCUCCUGCUGGUGCUUCCCGCCCUGGCCCUCGGCGGCAGGGCAGGCACCUCCGGGAGGGAGAGGGGAGGGAGGGGCAGGGGGGGCCGGGGGGGCAAGGGCAAGGACCGGAAGGACAGGAACCUCGACGGUGGAGCGGCGACGAAGGUGGAGGAGGAGGAGGUGGACGACGGCGAGAAGUGCGACGACAGGGCGCACUUGUCGCUGACGGAGAGGACGCAGAGCGCUCAGGUCGUGUUUUAUGGCUUCGUGACUCGCCUGUACAAAGAGGAAGGCAGGAGGUCGUAUCCAGCCGAGUUCUUCAUCGUCAACAUCUUCAAAGGAGCUGACAUCGUGGCCAAAAUCCUAGGCGUCGACCCCGGCUACGGUGGCGUCUACAACCUGAGGGACAAGCGCAUAAACGUGACCAACUUUGGCCCCCGUGAAGCGUGCCUGGCCCCUCUCGAGGAGCAGAGGACCUUCAUCAUCCUGGCCAACACGAAGAACGGCCGACGACUCCGUGGCCAUUACGAUCACUCUGGAAGCGCGGCCGUUCAGUGGACCAAAGAAAACGAGGAAGAAGUGUGGCGGGCGUUGGGCUGGGACGGUUGGAGCGACUGGUCGGGCUGCAGCGCCUCCUGCGACGGGGGGACGCAGGAGAGGAGGAGAUACUGCCUCAACACGGACGGUUGCCAUGGUUACAACACGGAAAGGCGACGCUGCAAUUAUUUCUCUUGCAAUGGCACCCUCGACGUGCUCCACCUGGACGACAAGCAAUACAAGCCGCCCAAAUUCGGGUGGAGGGAAUCGAGCACGCGGCCGGGGUCGUGGCGCGCCGUCAGGAACCGCCCACUCCUCGUCCACACCAAGGACAUCUACCCACAGGGAUUCCCGAAGGAGUUUUCGCUCCUCAUCACCGUCAGGCCUGAUCUCGGGAACAUGGGCAUGCUGUUCAUCAUGCACCGAGCCUACGGAGGAGAGGUCUAUCUCGGCCUCGGUCUUGGCACUGGUCUUGAGUUGCUGCACACGGGGCCUGGCAGAGGAGAUGACGUCCUGCCGAUCAACGUGGCACCCAUUAAUGUCAACCUCACCGACGGGCACUGGCACCAGCUGGCUAUUAGUGUCCUCGAAGACAGCACCAUCCAGGUGUACGUCGACUGCAGGUGGACGAGUCGACAAAUCCUGAGACGAUCGACGUUGGAGAUUCCCAUGGACACCCUGCUCUAUGUUGGGGGGAUGCCGGGGCGCAGCUAUGAGGGAGAGAUGGAACAGUUUACCAUCAGCGAAUCCGCAGAUGCUGUGGCCAAGCAGUGUAAACCGGAACCAAUUCCCAUUAUCGACGAGAGUAUACAGGAUCUCGGCCGCCCCCUGGGUCUUAGUCGCCACGAUUUCGACAACCGCAUCCAGCAUCCCUCGUCCGAAUACACCGACGACGACCACGACCACGAAGAUGAAGACGACCAGAACGACUACAAAUACGACUACGACGACCACGACUUCGACGAGCCGCUGUCUUACGUGUACGACCAGUACGACGACUUCGAGGCGGGUCGUUUGCCUCCUACGUAUCCCUGGACCGCUGACGAGGAUUAUUAUUUCGGAGGAGGAAGAGACGACGUAAGGAGUGAAAUGAAGGAGAUGAUGGCGGGGAAGGAGCAGACGGAGAAGGAGGAGGAUAAGCAGGAAGGAGAGAGGGAGAGGCUGCACCAACACGCGACUGAUGACGAAGACCUGGUCGAAGGCUCGGGCACCGGUUCGGACGCCGGCGGCUUCGUGUUGACUUGGUCGGUUUGGUCAGGGUGCUCCACGUCCUGCGAUGGCGGUGUCCGAAUCCGUUCGCACAGGUGUGUUCCUAACCAACCCUACCUGAACGAGUGUGUCGCGUCAGGUAUCGAGACGCAAGAACAACGAGCGUGCAAUCUGCAACCAUGCCCGCCCACACUUCCUCCUUCCACCACUACGACCACUACUACUACCACUACUACAACCACCACUACUACCACCCCACCACCUCCCCGCCCUCCACCUCCACCUCCAGCCGUAGCCAGAGCCGAAGAACGGAUCCAGACAAUCCAUCAUGGCGGUGACACAACCGCGUUCGCACCCGUUUCCGCGACUUCGUCCACCCCCACCAGCACCCUCACGUCUCCGCCCGUACAGGCACCAGUGACCGCCCCUCAGCAACCGCCCUUACUAAUUCUCCCGGUGACAUCCACGCCCAAAACGCGGGUCGUAAUGCACCCAGUAUACCCUACGACAGUCGUGGGCGGGGAUGUAGACGGCGACAACGAACCGUACUUCAAUUCGACCCACCGAUUCGUACCGGAUAACAAACCGUAUAAACCACUGAAGCCAGAUUACUUGCCUCAUAUCAGUAAUUCCGUUUGGCCUGCGGAGACGACGGUUGAGCGCGGUAUGAACGAGGUGCUGCCACGUGGAGUUGAUCAUGGUCCGACCAUCAAGAGGACUUCUUGGAACCACAAAUGGAGUUAUUACCAUCAGUACCACCAACAGCAUCGCAUGAGACACCACCAUGCUACCAAACACACGCAGCAUCGAGACGAAUGCGCGGGCGGCUGCCUCAACCACGGGCUGUGCGGCCACGGGGGCGUGUGCCACUGCGCCCGCGGGUGGCAAGGGCGACGCUGCGAGGUGGCAGACUGUGGCCCAGGAUGCAUGAACGGAGGCCUGUGUGUCGCUCCGGAUACGUGCCGCUGCCCUCCGGGGUAUACGGGCUCUCACUGCCAGGAUGCUGUGUGCAACCCCCCUUGCAAUAACGGUGGAACGUGCGUGAUUCCUGGCCUGUGUGUCUGUCCUGCUGGUUUCGUCCUUCCCAACUGCGCUCCCAUGUGCACGAGUCGCUGCCUGCACGGCGGGGUGUGCACGGCCGUCAACCGGUGCACGUGCCCGCCGGGGUACACUGGGGCACGGUGCGAGGCUGCGAUCUGUACCCCGGCGUGCCAGCAUGGGGGUCGCUGUGUUGCCCCGGGGGUGUGUUCCUGCCCGGCGGGUUACGGGGGGCCGCUCUGCCAGAGACCCGUCUGCCGCCCGCACUGCCAGAACGGGGGCGAGUGUCUGGCUCCCUAUAGGUGCCGCUGUCCACCUGGCACUUUUGGGUCCUACUGUCAGCACUGUGAGUCUGUUCACCUCAUAUGUUUUUGUUAUAUGUUUGAUUGUUCACUUUUUUGA